AGAUGAAGUAAUGAUGUAUGAUGGAGGCGGGCUCACUGUGGUCAUGGCUACCGGACCCUGUGCAAGAACGAUAGGAAGAAAUGCACGGCCCUUGUUUAUAACCAAGACGUGCAUCUGAAAAAUACAAACAUAUUUGAUUUACACAUACACGUCAUUUCCUAAACAGCCGUAGCUUUAGUUAAAUCGAGCUAUGGAUGUGCAGGUUACAGGCACUGCACCGCAAACGAACAGCCCGCAUCAUGCAGCAGAAAAUGCACCAAAGAAGAAAUCACGAACGAGACGGGGCAAAAGAGGCAAACGACGGAGGGGCAAGAAGGCGAACGAACCUCCUCCGUUUUUACCACCUGAGGCUGAAGAGGGAAACAUUGAAUACAAGUUGAAGCUGGUUAACCCGACCCAGUAUCGGUUUGAGCACCUGGCAACACAGUUAAAAUGGCGACUCCAGGAGGGCCGGGGUGAGGCUGUGUAUCAGAUCGGGGUGGAGGAUAAUGGUCUGCUGGUUGGACUGACAGAAGAAGAUAUGAAAGCAUCACUAAAGACCCUUCGCAGGAUGGCCGAGAAGGUUGGAGCUGAUAUCACGCUCCUGAGAGAAAGGGAAGUCGACUGCGACCAUGCCCGACGGAAAAUCGCUGAAGUUCUCGUGCGAAAAGUUCCCGAUGAUCAACAGUUCCUGGACCUCCGUGUGGCUGUUCUGGGUAAUGUGGACUCAGGGAAGUCGACUCUGUUGGGUGUGUUGACUCAGGGAGAGCUGGAUAACGGUCGAGGCAGAGCGAGACUCAACCUCUUCAGACACCUGCACGAGAUUCAAACCGGUCGCACAUCCAGCAUCAGUUUUGAGAUCCUUGGAUUCAAUAGCAAAGGCGAGGUUGUAAACUACAGCGAUUCCCGUACAGCUGAGGAAAUCUGUGAAAGUUCAUCUAAGAUGAUCACAUUUAUUGAUCUGGCCGGUCAUUAUAAGUAUUUGAAAACCACCAUAUUUGGCCUGACAAGCUACUGCCCAGACUUUGCCAUGCUGGUGGUUGGAGCCAACACAGGCAUUGCUGGCACAACGAGGGAGCAUCUGGGUCUGGCCAUGGCCCUUAAGGUGCCCAUAUUCAUCGUAGUGAGUAAAGUGGACCUGUGUGGCAAAAGCACGGUGGAGAAAACUGUCCGUCAACUGGAGAGAGUUCUCAAGCAACCCGGCUGCAACAAGGUGCCCAUGGUGGUGGCCAACCCUGACGAUGCGGUCACCGCCGCACAACAAUUUACACAAUCUUCCAGUGUGACACCCAUCUUCACUAUCUCCAGUGUAUCCGGAGAGAACCUGGACCUUCUGAAGGUCUUCUUCAACAUUUUGCCACCUCUGAGCAACAGCAAAGAGCAGGAGGAGCUCAUGCAACAGCUCACUGAAUUCCAGGUGGAUGAGAUUUACAGUGUUCCUGAUGUUGGGACCGUAGUUGGUGGGACACUAUACAGCGGUGUGUGUCGUGAGGGUGAUCGGUUAGUCGUGGGCCCCACCGACGAUGGGAAGUUCUUACGGUUGAAGGUGUGCAGCAUUCACAGAAACCGCUCCGGCUGCCGCGUGCUAAGAGCCGGACAGGCCGCCACGCUCGCGCUGGGGAACUUCGAUCGCUCAUUACUGCGAAAGGGCAUGGUGAUGGUAAGUCCUAAAAUGAACCCUACCAUCUGCUGGCAGUUUGAGGCCGCCAUCGUUCUCCUGUUCCAUGCCAAGACGUUCCGGCGUGGUUUCCAGGUCACGGUGCACGUGGGAAAUGUGAGGCAGACCGCCACAGUGGAGUGCCUGCUCGGCAAGGAGGAGCUACGGACGGGAGAAAGAGCAGUGGUGUGUUUCAGAUUCCUAAAGCAUCCCGAAUAUCUGCGUGUAGGAGCCAAGCUGCUCUUCAGAGAGGGCGUGACCAAAGGCAUCGGGCACGUGACCCAUCUUCUGCCCUCCACUCAGAACCACGUGCCUGACCAGAACCGUAACCAGAACCGCAGUUAGAUACAUGAAGACCCACAGGAAGUGACAUCAUAAGCCUUUCCUUCACGCAGUAAUUUCCUAUACUAGAUUGUGCACCUUUCUUUCUCACGCUCAGAUUAGCAAUGUGCUACUUUAUUCAUAGUAAAUUGCAGAUAUACCCGUGAUAUUUGUAGGAGUAAUAGUAUGAUGGUUUAUCUCUGAAUAAUUAGAGUCUCCCAUUUUCACA